UCCGACGGUCACGUUCAAUUGAACCCAAAACAAUGUUUUCUCGCUCCAUCUUCCCCCCAUUCGCCUCGGACGACAAAUGCACAAGAACGAAUAUACGCGCAAUCGCGGAGACUCGAGCAUCUCCCAAUGCCAGGAAUCCCCAAAUCCACGGCCUGUCGCAACUGCAAAGUCCGCCGAACCAAAUACGUUCACGUUGGCUCUGAUGGAAGCGGCCACAAGCAUGCUUGGUCUGAGAGCGCUGAGUGUUGGUCUGGGGUCGUGUCAGCGUCGUCGCCAUCAAUGAGCGAGGGACAAGAGAGGCGAGCCGGUCAGCGCUUGAAUAAAGAGGGGUUGCUUUCCCAUUUCUACCGCUAUUCCAUUCCCAGCCCUGGGCAGAAACUAACAACUGACGGGGACCGCGUUGCUGCUCGCCUGGUCACACAUCUGCAAAGUGCACCGAACAGAGGCUUGGUGCUGCAGACUAAGUACAUGAAGCAUCUUCCCAGGUGUAUGGAGACUUGCCCUGCUCUCCGUGACUCAAUAGACCUAUUCUGUUCAGUUUGGCAUAGAUACCGCCGAACUGAGAGAACAGACAAUCUUGCGCACCUAGCAGAGUACGGGCGGGCUAUACGGAGUCUCAGGUCUACCUUGGCCCAGGGAGAUUAUGGUAUAACUGUUGAAACCCUAGCCGCAAUCACCAUUUUAGGGCGGACUGAGUCAUUGUUCGAUUCCAGAAAUGACGCCCCUUAUAUUCACGAGCUGGGCAUAGCCAGCCUCAAUGAGCGGCUGGGGCCACCGAAAGCAGGAGACGAGCUACAUUCUGCUCUCGUUGCAGAAAACUAUAUUGUGCUAACAGUUCCGCUGACGGAUUUCUUGCAGGUUCCCUACUGGACGCGAAUGAAGGAUUGUGAUUUCUUCAUGAAUAAAGGGUCUUGGGACGAAGCCUCGGCGAAUGCAACAGCAGACUUAUUUCAAAACCAGGCUCUCAGAACCCAUGGGAAAGCGGCAUUCAAAGCCUCCCAGGCGGUAUGCGGUAGACUACCGUCGUAUUAUCGUGAUUGUCAUACCAUCCACUCCAGCACCAACAGGAACGACCCAAGCGUUAUGUGCUUGGCCCGAAAGUUGAUGGCUGACCUCAAACAGAGGCUUGAUACCAGCGCAAAGGCGAAUGGCGAGUUAUUUGAGAAGGCCAAAGAACUAGGGGUUGUAAGAGAGAUCAAUGAUCCUAGUUCUAUUACCGGAAAAAGCUACCAAAUCACUGAUGUCAGCUUGUUCCAAGUGAACAUGUGCUGGAUGACGGCUCAGAUCCUUGUUCUAAAAAUGCUCUUCGACUGCAGCGUCGUUUACCCCGAGUAUGCAGACCCGGCUGCGUUGCGGGCCCUCCUCAGGAAAGAGUCGAUCCAUGUUUGGAACUUUAUACCAGCUCUCUUUGAGCUGGAAUCCUUUGUCGCCGUUACAUCGCUAGAUGUAAUCUACCCCACGAUCGAAGUCGCCACGAGGGAAGAGAAGGAAUACCUCCUUGAUGUUCUUGCUUCCUUGGAUAGAUAUCGGCAGGCUUUGCCCACGGACAGAGUCUUGCUAGACAAGGCCAUUGUGUCUUACUCGGCACUCUUUUCAGGACGCCUGUCUCCCAAUGCUCCCCUAGACUUCGAGACUUGCAAGUGGCAUACAAAGAUACCGAAGCGCCGCCAACUUUGA